AUGGUUGUCGACAUCGCCGCCGCUGACAACUCAACUGCCGAGAUUUUCUUCCACCCUCUUUAUUUAUUUCUUGACCGACUUCUGUUCUCUCACGCCAGACCGCCCCUGAGAGGACUAGCGAACGGUCUCCUCCUUCGCUUCUCCCCUAUCCUUCCGCUUUCUUUACCUUCCCUUUUCCCGACUCUUGAGCUAGACGCGGCGAUGUUAUGGACCUUGUUUAUGAAAAUAAUUCUCAUCAGCUCCCUCGUCGCCUGGUGGCUUAAGCGACCAAAUAGCCGCUUCCAGAAAUUCGUUCUCCUCGCCGCCACCCUUGCAGCCUUCUGGGUUGUCGCUCCUCUUUACGCCUCACUCUGCCUCGCCUGGUCUGUUCACUACACCCGAGAGGGCAUUCGCUAUUGGAGUCUGGAUGAGCUGCUCGUCCGGCAUGCUAGCAUGCUGGUGACGCUCGCCGCAGUCGUAUGGCUGCUUCAUCGCGCCUGGCAGACUCUCUGGAAACCAACAACCGACCUCAUCAGUAUCCUUGGAGUGGACGUUCCCGAGGCCCCAGAUGUGUCCCUGGCUGGCAUCCGACCCGACGCUGCGACCCUUAACUGGACACGCCCGACGCACAACCGACCUGUGCAGAAGUUCCUCAUCCAGGUUAAUGGCGUAAAUGUUGGGGAAUCAAGGCAGGAGGAGACUGCGAUCACCGUCACAGGCCUGCGGCCCAACCACUGCUACAAUAUCCGCGUCAUCGCUGUCGGACCAAACAAUUUCCAAGCAGGUAGCCAGGUUAUUCGAUUGCGCACCUACCGAUCCGACGGACGACCAGAACUGGGCAACUCCAGGCUCCCCGACAGUUUUCAAGAGCAAGACCCGAAGUCCGGACAGUUCCCCUGUGUUGAAGACAAUGCCGGUCGCAAUCAGGUUCCUACCAUCGAGGCAGCUCCCUCUCUUGAGAGCGGAUCCGCUGCUGCACGAGACGGCCCUUCUAGCCAGAGACGCAACACCGUUAACCGCAGGCAUUCUCCGUCCAUAGCGAGCCAAGAACAGCCUUCGAUAAAAGACUUCGCGAGCGACCAUCCCGAGGCUUCUCUCAAAGACCUGGCCGAUACGUUAGAGAGGACGAGGAAGGAGAUCGAUGAGACAGCAGCCCUGCACGCAUCCGAAGAAAGCGAGUUCAAACAGCUCGAAGAGCGGCUUAAGAAGGAAAAGGAGGAGAAGAAAAAGAUGCAAAAGGAAAAGGACGACAACACGGCGCAGUUGCGGCAAAAAGUCAAGGCCACCUAUGAGCAGAUGCGCCAAGCCACAAAGGAUAAGGCGAGGAAGGAGAAUCUGCUCAAGGAAAGGCAAGACAAGCGCAAAAAGAUCAGCGAUAAUGUCGACAAAUGGACUACUGAAAUCGAGAACAUGCGUAAGACGCGCAAGGGAUUUGCGUCUGAGAAGGAGAGUUUGGAGCAGGAUCGCGACCUCAAGGUCAAGCACCUGGACGAGGACAAUUCUGCAUUGCAGGAGGAAUACUCACAGCUCGAGGCCGAAUACAAAGAAAAGAAGGAACAGCUGAAAGAGCUUGAAGAUGCUAGGAGAAAGCUUCCCGGCGGAGAGGAGGAUGACACAUGGCGGGAAGACGAUCGGAAGAUGAAGCGGGAUUUCGAGAUGAAGCGGCGGGAACUCCAGAGCCAACUCAUUAUGGAGAACCGGAAGGCCCAGCAACUUGAAGGCCAUAUCCAUGUUCUCCACGCCCAGGUCUACGCCCAGAACCAGCAGAGUCUCCAGCUUUACAACCAGGCAAACUCUUCCGGUGUCGACUUCGAACAGAACGCCUCAGCGCAAGUCAAACGCAGAAGCCGCACCGGGAACACGCUUUCCAAUGCCGUCAUCUCAUCCCCAACUGGGCCUUUCCCCGCUUCCGACUCCCCUUUCGAACCUCCCACCAGUUUUAGCAACCGGUCCGGGUUCUCGCACUUUCUGGAUAUCUCUGGAGGAGAUGGAUUUGGCGCCGAUCAAUUUUCGGAUACCGACCUUAGAGCACUGCCCGGCAACGCUCCACUCAGCCCAACGGCAGCGGCUUUGUUGCCCUCCGGCAUCCUGGGCGAUGAUGAAUCUGCAAGCCCUGAUUCAUUCUCUCGAAGAAGCCCCUUCGUACCGGAAGACGAAUAUGACGCCCAAUCGCCUCAAUCAUCGAAACCAUCGAACAGUGCCCAAUCAAGCCCUCCCGGGUCCUCGCACAAGACGGCAUUCCCGCCGUUCCCAUCGUUCCCGAAGGAUGAAGGCGAUCACGCAUCGCUCAAUGAUGUUACAUCUUCUCCCAGCGGACAGCCACCGCCAGCAGCACACCGAUUUACGAGCUUGCUCUCUUCAUUCCAGAGAGGCAAGGGCGCCAAAGCUGUUGACGAAGGUGGGCCGAUGUUGGGGACUUUGAAGCACGGUCAAAGUCAGUCCUUUCCUCGACAUACGGACGAUCCCGAUGCAACGAUUCGACGCAGAACAAGUUUCUCCUCCGUGGGCCGAGAUAGAAACUCGGCAGGGCCCGAUACAAUCGAGAGCAGCGCAUCCAACCUUGGUCGAAGCAUGUUUUCUUCUGCGCGCCGUUUGAUGCUAUGGAAUGUCCCUUUCGCGGAUAGGGAUCCCAGCAGUCCUAGACCGGCUUCCAUGGCUUCGGCGGACUUGCCUCGGCCGUCAACUGAUAGCGGGUCUAUUUGGAACCACCCUGGAGACCGAAACCGCUUGUGGUCCCCUGACGGCCCAUGGCCUUCGAGGACUCCGUCGAGGCGUCCCUCACUCCAUGGCUCUCCCGCGGCUUUGAAAACAACACUGGCCUCGGCCGACGACGAAAUUCUGGAUCACGAAGCGUUGAACGAUCCACAAGUGUCGCCCAGCCAGGUCGGAGUCAUUGGCAGCAGACCGCCGGCUAGUAAACAGAAUUCCGACUCGAAGUCCUUGUUGAGUCAACGUCUCAAUCCCGCGGCGCCGACCUUUUCUAUAGGUGGGAUAGGUGGUCUAUUCCGCAGUAAGGACAAGGAAAGUGACUCGGGCAAAGACAAGGACAAAUCGAAGUCGAAAGACAGAGCCAAGGACAGGGCUAAAGACAAGGAAGCAAAGGAAAAGGGUAAAACCAGAGAAUUCUCCACCCCCAGCCUGGAUCUUCCGCAAGGCUAUGAUGCGUCUCCGACAGACUCGAGAAAAUCACGCGAUGCCUUUUCCGUCCACACCCAGGCGUCUGUCACCGAAUCCCGAGAGUCCUUGACGCUUGAUAGGGCCGUAUCAAGCACGCUGUCUGACUCCAAUGUCAAGGACCAAGAGAAUGCCUACCGAAAGCUUUUCAGGAAAGGAAGUUCCAGCAAGUUCAGUCUGUCAUCUCGGCUAAGCAAAGAUUCUGGUCUGUUCAAGAAGGGACCAGGAAGCACCACCAACUCAGACAAGAACUUGUCGGCCGACCGGUCUAGUUUUGGCGACAUUGAUGACUAUGGCGAAGAAGGGUUGCUUGGUCGAAGCUACGAAAGCGUCACUAGCAGCCCGUCUCUCGGCCCGUCCAAGUCUAAGGAAACCAAGGAAAGCAGAAUGACUAACUGGAGUAGUAAGUUUUCCAUGAAAAAGAAGGGCAAUAAGGAGAGUGUUGACUUGCACCGGGCUACUCUCGAGGCUGAUGAUGAGGAGGACAAGAAAGACGUGUAG